AUGGCAAGCUUGCAGUACACCACUCUGGACGUCUUCACGACGAAAAAGUUCGCCGGCAACCCACUGGCUGUGUGUCAGGUACCCGAAGGCGUCACCCUCACCCAAGAGCAAAAGCAGACCAUUGCCGUCGAAUUCAACUACUCGGAGACUACUUUCUUACAUCCAUGCUCGAACGAAGGCAGUGAGGUUCCCGAAUGGCCACUGGACAUCUUCACGGUCAAGACCGAGCUACCCUUUGCCGGUCAUCCAACCAUUGGAACUGCAUGUCACAUCCUGAGUCAAACAGGCAAGACCAAGGGUAGAUUCAAGGUCAAAGCCGGUAUCAUUGAACUUGACUAUGCGAAUGGCGUAGCAAAGGCUUCUAUCCCUCACAACACCCACAUCCACUCUACAACCGACUUGUCUGCUUCUGCAAUGUUGGAAUGGCAAACUGGCCUCAAGCCUUUCUAUCCGUCUGGAGACCUGAAGCUCGAUGUUGUGAGUCCAGUCAAGGGCAUGAACUUCGCCGUGGUUGGGCUCAAGAGUUUGGAAGAAUUGGCCGCUGUUACCUUGCCUGGAACAGAACUCAACUUUUCUCUCGAUGCAGACUGGAACGUCGGACCCUGCUUCAGCAAAUUCUUCGUCCGUAUGCCUGAUCAGGGUGAUGGUGUCAGAAGGCUCCGAACCAGAAUGAUCGAGGGCAGCUUCGAGGAUCCGGCAACUGGAAGUGCGUGCUGUGGCUUGGCGGCAUACUUGGUGUUGCAGGAAGGUAUCCAAGACGGAAAGGUUAAAUUUGACAUCCUGCAGGCUGUUGAGAUCGGAAGACCCAGUGAAAUUGGUGUUGAGAUUGAGGUCAAGGGUGGUGAGAUCAAGACGGUUGUGCUUUCUGGAAAGUCUGUGAGUGUUAUGGAAGGCAAGAUCUUCUACGAAUAG